UUCUCUUUUCUCUCUACACUCUACACUUCCUUCCCAAAUAAAGAAAACUUAAAAAAAAAUAAAGAAAAAGAAACAGUUAUGGACGCGCCAGAAUUCUUUCAAGCAAGCAGCUGUUCUUCUCAAUUAGCGCCUGAAGAACCAGCGUCCACCGCUGACCAUUUCAUCGUGGAAGACUUGCUCGAUUUUUCCAACGAGGAUGCCGUUAUAACUGAACAAACGUUCGACUCCUCAGUUGCUGGCCAUUCCACGGAUUCUUCCACCGUUACCGCCGUCGACAGCUGCAAUUCGUCAUCGUUUUCCGGUUGCGAACCCAAUUUAGUUGGCGGUAUUGGUUGCCGUGGUUUUACCGAUGGUCACUCCUCCGCUGACCUUUAUGUGCCGUGCGACGAUUUAGCUGAGCUUGAAUGGCUGUCAAAUUUCGUGGAGGAAUCGUUUUCAAGUGAUGACCUACAAAAGCAGCAGCUAUUAUCAGGAAUGAACAUUCGACCCGACGACGCAUUAGAGACCCAAGGAUUCCAACUCGUUCUGCCCACCCAAAUUAAUGACGCCAUUGACAACGGCGACUACAGCCACGGUAACAAUACCGACAACCCAAUUUUCAAUCCGGAUAUGUCGGUUCCCGCCAAGGCAAGAAGCAAACGCUCUCGGGCAGCGCCAUGCAGUUGGGCUUCCCGUCUCCUUGUUCUCAGCUCAACAUCUUCUUAUUCCGAGUCUGACAUCGUCGUCCCGGUGCAACCGCCUCCGCCAAACCAACCCGGCAAAAAGCCCGUCAAAACGACGUCGUCGAAAAAGAAAGAUGGUGGCGUGGCCAUUUCCGAUGGGCGGAAGUGCCUGCACUGCGCUACGGAUAAGACGCCGCAGUGGAGAACUGGUCCCAUGGGUCCCAAAACACUGUGCAAUGCAUGUGGGGUGAGGUAUAAAUCGGGGCGACUUGUGCCAGAAUACCGACCCGCUUCGAGCCCGACGUUUGUUCUUACUAAACAUUCAAAUUCUCACCGUAAGGUGCUUGAGCUUAGGCGGCAGAAGGAAAUGUUAAGGGCCCAGCAGCAACAUCAACAGCAAUUCAUGCAGCACCAUCAUCAGAACAUGGUUUUCGAUGUAUCCAACGGCGAUGAUUACUUGAUCCACCAACAUGUUGGCCCUGAUUUCAGGCAGCUCAUUCUAGAGUAGGGAACUUCAAUUAAAUUUGAGUUCUUGAAUUCCCCCCAGAACUAAUUUAGUUACUGAAUUCCAGUUGUUUUAUUUUUUGGAUAAUUCCGUAGACUAAUCGUCUCUUGAGUUGGACUUUUUCCGGCCUAAUUUGGCAAACUCUAUAAACCCAAUUUUCUUACUUCAGGCAAUUGAAUUCAAUCUUUUUCUUUU